UAUCUGUUCGAAUGAGUUAUCGUGGAGAGUUAAUUAAUAGGUAGUGGAAGACGUGCAUUAUAAUUAAGAUUUUUUUACCGUUUCAAGCUAUUAAUUAAUUGGUCUAUUUAUAACUAAAUUGAUUAUUUUUUUCGUGAUAUUAGGCAAGUGAACACAAAGGAUAUUUGAAGUUCCAUUUAUUACAUAUCUCGAGCUAGAGCUGUUUAACCGGAGUCCGAUAAAUAAUUUGAGUUGAACAAUGCUUUUUUGAUUCGUCAAUAAUACUUUUUAUAUGACCAUGUUUACCGCCAAUUGGUGGAUAAAUUUCAUUACGCCAUGUACAAUAAUAGUUACGAUCGCCUAUUAUUUCUGCGUGUCGACCUUUAAGAAAUGGGAACAGCUCAACGUGCCUUACAUUAAACCAAUUCCGUUGUUUGGAAACUUAUUGAAUGUGGCUUUGGGAAAAGACCAUCCGUUGGAUUUUUACAACAAAAUCUAUCACAAGUUCGCCGCUCACAAAUAUGCAGGAGUGUUCCAGAUGAGGACGCCGUAUUUAAUGGUUCGCGAUCCAGAAAUAAUCAACGACAUGCUGAUAAAAGACUUCUCGUCUUUCCCCGAUCGUGGUAUUUACUCGGAUUUCGUGGCCGAACCGUUUUCGAACCACCUGUUUUUCAUGGAAAAUCCUCAAUGGAAAAUAAUAAGAAACAAAUUAACCCCCGCUUUCACGUCGGGAAAGCUCAAGAUGAUGUACGAUCAGAUCAAAGAGUGCAGCGAUGAAUUAAUGAAAACCAUCGAUAUAGAACUAAUUAAAAACGACGACGAAAUAGAAGUAAGGGACAUCAUAGGAAAGUAUUCGACCGACGUCAUCGGCACUUGCGCUUUUGGACUCAAGCUGAACGCCAUAAAAGAUGACGAGUCCCCAUUUCGUAAACACGGCAAAACCUUAUUCGAACCUUCACUAAGGGCGCUUUUCAAAGAAUUGUGUUUGAUGAUUGCUCCUGCACUUUUGAAAGUCAUAAAAGUAAAAGAUUUUCCGACAGACGCGACCGACUUUUUACACACGGUGUUUAAAGAAACGAUAACUUAUAGACAAAAAAAUAAAAUAGUCAGAAACGAUAUUUUCCAAUGUUUAAUACAAGUGAGAAAUGAUUUAGUUUUGAAUGCAGAUUUGUCUAAAAACGAAAAAUUCACUGAAACACAAAUCGUAGCAAAUGCUUUUGCAAUGUUUGCUGCCGGUUUUGAAACUGUGUCCUCUGCUAUAAGUUAUUGUUUAUAUGAAUUAGCACUAAAUAAAUCUAUUCAAGACAGAGUACGCGAAGACAUUGAACUAAAACUAUCCAAUAAUGACGGACAAAUCAACCAUGAACUUUUGAUUGAUCUUAAUUACUUGGAUAUGGUUAUAGCAGAAACACUUCGUAAAUAUCCUCCAGUGGUUGCUUUGUUCAGAAAAGCAUCACAAACGUAUCGAGUACCCAACGAUUCGUUAAUAAUUGAAAAGGGCCAAAAAAUAAUAAUUCCAAUUUAUGCAUUGCAUUACGAUAGUAAGUAUUACACGGACCCUGAAAAGUUUAUUCCUGAAAGAUUUUCGGCUGAAGAAAAAGCAAAGCGGCCAAGCGGCAUUCAUCUUCCAUUUGGCGAUGGUCCUCGAAUUUGCAUAGGUGGAAAACGUUUCGCAGAGAUGGAAAUGAAAUUGGCUUUUGUUGAAAUAUUGACCAAAUUUGAAGUAUUUCCAUGUGAAAAAACAGAAAUUCCUCUAAAAUAUUCUAAUAAAGUUUUUACGUUGAUGCCAAAACAUGGAAUUUGGCUAAGAUUUAAAAGAAUUAAUUGACCAAAGAUUAUAAUAUAGUUAUAGACUAAAAAAAAAACAUUCAUGUUUUAAUUUUACAAUUUUUUUAAACUAAUUUAAAUAUAUAGCUGUCUAACCUGAGAAAGUCAAACGAUUUUUAUUUUAUUUUUUGUAUCCAAGAUAAUUUUAACAUCACUAAAUGCUUUAUAUCAUAAUAUUAAAUAAGAGUGCGUCAAAUAAAAAUUUAGAACACAUUUUACAUGGAUUUAUUAUAAGUAUGCUAUGAAUUAUUUUUAUAAUGUUCUGAUUUAAGUAGGUAUACCUAGGUAUUUAUGUUUAUAUGUUUACAAUCUUAGUGGUUUAUAACUAAUACCUACAUUAACAAAAGUCCAUGCAGUUUCCAAAAUGAUUAUUAAAAAUGUUUUUUUAUAAAUUUAUCAACCUAACCUACCAAUCUUUAGUUACCACUAACCUAUAUCCUAAUUAUACUUAACGUUCAUCCGGAAGUAUGUCAUAUAGUAAUAAGUUUUAUUAUAUUGUAUAUUUAUUCAAAAACGUUGUUAAGCCAAUAAAGAUCAGGAUUGGUGGUUUUAAA